CAUGGUUACAACCGUAUGGAUGGAUAUUUCACCCACCAACAACAAAUAGUUCCACCAAACACCACAUUAUCACAACAACAGCAUUGCCAGUUCAAGCCUUGUUUGUCUUCACCAAAGCCUAAAGCUGACAGCUUUUGGGUUUCAAAAUCUGUUACCAGCUUGUGUUGCAAAGACAUAGACACAAACAGCACUUGCUUGCAGAGGCUAAAGCAUAGUGGCAAUAAAGCUGAAAUGGAGGACUUGGUUGAAAAAAACCGAAGCUUUGUAGAUAAAAAUGAAAACUUCGUUGAAAAUGAGGUGCAAUUGGGUACAUCUGCAGUGUUGCUUGAAGACAAGGGUUGUGAAAGUAGUUCAAGUUCUGAUAUUUUGACAGCAGAAACAAAGAGCAACAAAGAACACAGUGACAGUAGUUCCUGCUCCACUUCUAGUUGUAGUGAAGAUGCAAAGGAGGCCCCAUUGGAUGAUACAAAAUUAAAGAAACAAAGCUCCACGAUUUCAGAGAUUGAAUUGAUGAAGGAAAGAUUUGCUAAAUUGCUGCUUGGUGAAGAUAUGUCUGGUUGUGGAAAUGGUGUUUGCACAGCUUUGGCUAUUUCAAAUGCCAUCACCAAUCUUUGUGCCACCUUAUUUGGGCAAAUGUGGAGGCUAGAACCGGUUCCGGUCGAGAAGAAAUCGAUGUGGCGACGAGAGAUCGAAUGGCUUCUUUGUGUUAGUGAUCACAUUGUUGAAUUGGUACCUUCAUUUCAGACUUUUCCUGAUGGAACUAAGCUUGAGGUCAUGACUUGUAGGCCUCGAUCGGAUCUUUACGUUAACCUCCCUGCAUUGAGAAAAUUGGACAACAUGCUUCUUGAAAUACUAGAUAGCUUUGUCGAUACCGAGUUUUGGUAUGUUGAUCAAGGGAUAGUAGCCCCGGAAGCUGAUGGAUUGAUGAACUGUUUCGGAAAAGCCCUUCAACGACAAGAGGAAAAAUGGUGGCUUCCCGUACCUCGAGUACCUCCAGGAGGCCUCGAUGAUAGAUCACGAAAGCAAUUGCAACAUAAACGGGAUUGCACGAACCAGAUACUAAAAGCUGCAAUGGCUAUCAACAAUGUUACUCUUGCUGAUAUUGAAGUCCCCGAAUCGUAUUUGGAAGCACUUCCAAAGAAUGGUCGAGCCAAUUUAGGUGAUGUCAUUUAUCGACAUAUUUCAUCAGAUAUGUUUACACCCGAAUGUCUUCUCGAUUGCCUUAAUUUGUCCUCCGAACAUCAAGCUAUAGAGAUUGCCAACCGAGUGGAGGCCUCGAUGUAUUUAUGGCGUAAAAGGCCUGUCAACAAUGCAGCCCGGUCGAGUUGGGAAUUGGUCAAGGACUUGAUGGUUGAUGUAGACAAGAGAGACAUACUCGCGGACCGAGCUGAGAGCCUCCUCCUUUGCUUGAAGCAAAGGUUCCCCGGUCUUCCUCAAACUACGUUAGACAUGACCAAAAUUCAAUACAACAAGGAUGUUGGGAAAUCGAUUCUAGAAAGCUACUCGAGAGUGUUGGAGAGCCUUGCGCAUAACAUUGUUGCACGUAUCGACGAUCUGCUCUACAUAGAUGACUUAACGAAACAUUCGGAGCAAUUCUCUUCGCUGUUACGAGCCGGUUUAAUAGGUCCAAAGAGUGUUUCAAGCACACCUUAUAGAACAACAUUUACCACCCCAAACUUUUCACCGGCACAGCUAGCUAGCCCCGCGAAGGUGGAUAGAUCAUCAUUUUCCGCAAGCGACAAAAUCGCACAUGGCAGCAUGGGUGCGAAGAAGGUCUUGACGGAUUAUCUUAGUAUCAAUUUAAGCACGAAAGAAUCAAGUUCGAGCACUUAUCAAGAAACAUCGGUAUCGUUUGAACAUCGAAAUGAGGAGCCGGUUCCAGAGAAAGAGAGUGAGAUUGUUUGCCAUGAAACCCGAUUUUCGGCGAAAACUGUUGUUUCAGUUGAAUCUAUUUGGUAGGAACAGGGAGAUGCUUGAGAAUGUUUCAACAUUUACACAUUUGUGUAACUUGUAUCCUUCGUAGAUAUUAAAAAAAUAAAUAAAGAGUUAAUCUAAUUUUUGGCCCCUGAA